GGAGCGAGAUAACCUGGUUAGCCGCUAGUUAACUAACUAUGUUUAGUUAAUUGUUGUGUAGCUGGGCUGACGGUUAGCUUAGCCCUGUUAGCCCCGUCAACCUGCUCUACAUUUAGGUUAGCUAACGUGAAAUAUAACAACACCAAAACGCUUCACACGGGCCUUUUUGAAUAUUAAUAAUGACGGGUUAAAAGUUUUAAUUGUUUUAUAUUGUCGUGCCGUGACAUAGUGGUUGGUCGGGCUGAGUUUUAGCUCCAGGUCACGAGCUGUUUGGGCUAAAAGUUAAAGGUGUUUAUCGUUAGCCUGAUGCUAAUCUGCGGCUAACACGCCAAACUGUCACUGUCAUGUUGUGGUUUGGUCAGAUUUUUAUCUCAAACUGAGAUUAAAGUGAGUUUUGUCGACGCUGACUCUUCACGUUAAUUUACCGUCAUAUAUGUGUAUAUAUGUAUAUAUCACCAACAGUAGAUUAUGACUGUAUUUGUCUUUAUUUAUGUUUGUUGACACUGAUUUGUAAAAAUUAAACUAAGCUUAACUUUCAUGGCAAUAACAAUUGAUUAAAUAUUGUGAGCUAAAACAAAAGUUCCAUAUGUCUUAAAUUACUUGAUCAAUUAAAAAAAAAAAAUAAUCAGACCAAUUUAAAGAUGGAUUGAAUUUGGAUCGAUGGUUUUAGAUUGAGUGCAGAUUUUUAUUUACUUAAAAAUAAUUAUCUUUUAGGAUAAAUGGAUUAGUAUAAUAGAUUAAUGUGGAAUAACUUGGGCUGCAACUAGAAGAAAACUAGAAAAUAUUCACAUUUUAGAAGCUGAAAAAUCAUAGAAACUGGUUUUUACAGAGCAUUCAAGGCUGGAUCUGGAAUGUUUUCCUGUUUUUAAAUGAUUGUUAUAUCAUCUUCUGUUUUUUAUUGUUAAACAAAUAUUAACAUUUUAUUUAUCAUUGUGCCAGUCCAUCUUCAUGUGUCGAUCAGCUGAUUCAUUCGCUCAUAAGACUCAUAUGAAUUAUUAAUGUUAAAAAGCUGCAGAGUUCACUGGGGUUUUUCCUAUUGGUGCUCAGUACUGACUGUCACUGCACCUCCAGGAAUGAAUGAAUGAAUGAAUGGAGGGAGGAGCAGAGGAAGCGUGAUACAGUUUCUCCUUUAAAUAAACCACAUGAUCCUGUGUGUGUUUAAGUGUUUUAACACUUGUUCUUCUGGGAAAAUGAGAGUGAAAUAUGUCAGAUUUUAUCAUUUUUAAAUACUAGUUUUUUUGUUGUUAUUAUCAUUUGAUCAGCUCAGCUGAUCGUCCCCCUGCAUAAUCGAUUUGUUGUUGGUCCAAAAAAUAGUUCUGAAAUGUCCCCAAAUAAAAAUCUGUUUGAAUGAUUUCGAACCAGAAAAUAUUCACAUUUAAGAAACUGGUUCUAAUUAUUAAAAGAAAAUCACUUAAACCCGAUUUAAUGAUCAAAGUAGGUAACAGUCAUCAGUUAAUGCCAAUACAUUGAUUCAUCUCUGUAGCCCUAGUAUCAAUUUUACUAUUUUGAUAAUUCAGUUAGUAAAAAAAUAGUUAACAUGAAUAAAUCAAUAAACACAGUAAUGUGCUGAUAAAAAUAAUUACCUGCUGCAGACAGAGGGUCAUUUAGACUCUGAUCCGAGUUCUCUGUUUUAAGAGGCCUUAGUGAAUCACAAGGCUGUGGAGGAAUGUUAGCUUUAGGUCAGGUUUAUGAGAGUUCAUAAUCAAGCGCUUGUUUUUCCCUUUUUUCUUUUCUUUUUUUUUUCCACUCAGUGUGUGUGUGUGUGUGUGUGUGAGUGAGAGAGAGAGAGAGAGUGUUUUCCGCUGAGAGCGAGGCUCUUGUUUCCUCUGCUGCAACAGAAGGAAGAAACGCUUUCACUCUGCACGAAGACGUCGUCACCGCGUCAGAGAAGUGAACGUUGUCGUCGUCGUCGUCAUCAUCAUCAGCGUACCUGAGCAGCAGUCUGUCCUCCACGAUGUCCCCGUCACGCCGUGGACACUGACGCCGUCGAGCGGAGCGAGGCAGCUGGAGGGAGGGGGCCAGCUAGCAUGCGGCACCGGCUCGGCGUGUCCAGGAGACGGCGCUGCUGAGGAGCCGUCGUCGGUCGGUGCGGAGUGUGUGUCUGCGGAAGCGACGAUGGACGACUUCAACAGCAGGACGUACGGGACCAGCGGCCUGGACAACAGACCGCUGUUCGGGGAGACGUCUGCUCGGGAUCGGUUCAUUAACCUGGCAGUGGGAGGAUUCACCUCUUUGGUUGUUCUAGUAACCGUGAUCGGGUCGUUUGUGUUUCCCUCACUGCCUCCACGACCCCUUAACGUCUUCUUUGCCGUGUGUAUCCUGUUAAUGUGUGGAUCCACCAUAGUGCUGAUAUUCUGGUACCGUCAGGGCGAUCUGGAGCCCAAAUUCAGGAACCUGAUCUACUACAUGCUGGCGUCCAUCGUGCUGCUGUGUCUCUGUGCCAACCUCUACUUCCACGAUGUCAGGUGACCGCCAGAGCGAGGAAGAAGGGAAGACACAGCCGUAAAGUGGAAGGACUAAAUAAAAUUUGACCAAAAAUACAAACAAUAAAAAGACUUGAAGGAACGUCCCACUGCACCAGAGAAGAAGAAGAAACAGAGACUUUAACGGUCGCAGUGAGAUGAAAACGCAUGACUUCACUGGAGUGUGGAGGUCAUGUGAUGUACUGUACGACGCCAUAAGUCUGCCUGAGACAUGAGAUCUGCCGGAGAUGAACAGGUGUGUUUACGAGCUCAUUCACAUAAACAUCGUCCUCAGACAGUGAAAUAUGACGGAGAAAUUAUCGGCCCCGGGGUUUUUCCAAGUGUGGUUGCAUUCGGGAAUGACACAUAAUCUACGUCAGCUCAAGUCUACAAUAUUUUAAGAAUAUGUUCACUGCUUUUUCUAUAGUAAGAUCCACUGUUGAACCACUCGCUCUCCCACACCAAACCCCAUUGAGAAAAUCAGCGUUUUUAACAUCACAGCACACAGGAGUCGUUGAUACACUGCUGCCUCCGUCACUAAGUUCACAUGUGUUAUUUUUGUGAAUUCAGUGUCAGAAAACCUUUGUUCAGAUUUACCUCAGUGACACAAACUGACCACACGAGGCAGCAGUAGACCAGCCGCUCCUGUGUCCUCGCGAGCUGAUCACUGAUUUUCUCUAUGAGGUUUGGUGUGGGAGAGCGAGUGUUUUACACACGUCUAACAGUGAGAUAAAGACGUGAACAUGUUCUUCAGAUGUCGCAGAAUUAAGCCGAUGUGGAUUUCAUUCACAUCUUUGUUAAAUGGCUAAAAUCUGAUUUUCCUCGUGUUAAUUCUUUCAUACAUCCACACUUUAAAAAAAACCCUGAUCUAUCACUUUGAAGGAAAAACCUGCUCUUUUCCUCUUGUUAUUGUUCUUUUACAUGUUUGUCUUUGUUCUAUAAAAACUGGUUAAGUGUAUUUACAUUCUUAAACAACACUGCAGGCCUCAAAUGUAGUAAAAGUCAUGUUCUUGUUUAAGUAUUUGUUUUUUUUCCAACAACAAAAUCUUUAUGAAACAGCUUCCAAACUCCUGUUCAGACUGAUUAAAGCUGGCGUAGGCGAUUUA